AGAUAUCAGCUGAUGUACGAAGGGCUAUAUAAAUACAUUUGAUUUGAAUUUUACAGCAUGCACCGGUCAGGAAAGGAAGAUGUGGAGAGUAUGGGAUGUAGGACAGAGGAAGUUGUGUGGAGUAGACUACAGUUUGAGUUUUAAUGCCACGUUGUGGAUGAUAGAGAGACAAGAAACAGGUAUGUGUGAUGAGUGUUUAGUGGAGGAAACAGUGGUGCAGGUGUUGAUAUUUUGUGGACUGUAUGAUGUAGAUAGGGAGAGAUUGUGUGAAAGGGUUAGAGGCUGGCUGGGUUGCUGUAGUGGACGGAGGAAAGUGGUGUCUAGGGCUCUAUUUCAUUUUCUUAGAGGAACAUGAAUAAUGAAUAUAAUUUAAUAUAAUAUAGGUAGGCUGUGACUGGCCUCACACUCCAGUAAUGUAGGUGGCAGUGUAUGCUCCUUAAAAGGAUGCGAUCCGAUCCGCCAACCCAAUCCCAAGGAAGAAGAAUGAUUUCCGGUAAAGUUAGAGUAUUUCCUGUGGUGGUCGAGAAAAUAAACGACGGGUUUGUUUUGCUAUCUAGAAGUCGAUUUAAUUUUUGUUAAUAUAUUGAUAUUGUUGAUCGGGCAAUCAUGUCUGGACGGGACGCCCUCAACAUGAAGCAACCGCCGAUCCAGUCCACGGCUGGUGCUGUGCCGAUUCGAAAUGAGAAAGGUGAGAUUUCGAUGGAGAAGGUGAAGGUGAAGCGCUAUGUGUCGGGUAAACGUCCCGACUAUGCUCCCAUGGACUCCUCUGACGAGGAGGAGGAGGACUUCCAGUUUAUAAAAAAGGCAAAGGAUGCCGAGCCUGAGAUGGAAAUGGAGGAAGAGGUGGUGUCUGACCCGCGUCUCAAGCGUCUGCUAAACCGCGUCUCUGAGGAUGCGGAGGAGAGGUUGGCAAGACACAGACAGAUCGCAGAGCCGGAGGUGGUUGCAGAGAGCAGUGAAGACUCCGACGAGGGAACCUGGCACCCAGAGAGAGCACCCGAAGAGAGCAGUGACGAAGAGGAGGAGGAAGAGGAAGAAGUGGAUGAUGAGGAAAUCGAGAGGCGGCGAGCGAUGAUGCGCCAGCGAGCGCAGGAGCGGAAGAACGAGGACAUGCCGGAGAUCAUGGAGGUGGAGGAAGAAGGGAAUUCGGGCGCGGAGAAGGAGGAGUCGGAGUCAGAGUACGAGGAGUACACGGACAGUGAAGAUGAGGCCGAGCCGCGGUUAAAACCAGUCUUCAUCCGCAAGAAGGACCGAGUAACAGUGGCGGAGCGCGAGGCGGACGAGCUCAAACAGCGGGAGCUGGAGGCGGAGGCCAAGAAGCAGGUGGAGGAGCGGCGGCGCUACACCCUGAAGAUCGUGGAGGAGGAGGCCAAGAAGGAGUUUGAGGAGAACCGCCGCACUCUGGCUGCUCUCGACUCCCUGGACACGGACGGGGAGAAUGAGGAGGAGGAGUAUGAGGCCUGGAAGGUCCGGGAGCUCAAGCGCAUCAAGAGGGACCGGGAGGCCCGUGAAGCAAUGGAGAAAGAGAAGUCUGAGAUUGAGAGGUUCCACAGCCUCACCGAGGAGGAGCGCAGGGCCGAGCUGCGGAAUAAUGGCAAACAGAUCACAAACAAGGCCUCUAAGGGCAAAUAUAAGUUCCUCCAGAAGUACUACCACAGAGGAGCCUUCUUCAUGGACGAAGAGGAGAAUGUGUUCAAGAGAGACUUCAGUGCCCCCACUCUGGAGGACCACUUCAACAAAACCAUCCUCCCCAAAGUCAUGCAGGUCAAGAACUUUGGUCGCUCCGGACGCACUAAGUACACCCACCUGGUGGAUCAGGACACCACAUCGUUUGACUCAGCCUGGGCUCAGGAGAGUGCUCAGAACAGCAAGUUCUUUAAGCAGAAGGCUGCAGGAGUGAGAGAUGUGUUUGACCGACCAACAGUGCAAAAGAGGAAGACCUGAAUCUAAGUUGAGGGGGAAGAGACACACUUGGGGUGUGUUCAGUGGGAUGAAAUGUUUCAGAAUGUUGCAGAUGGAAAUGAACUACACUUCACUGAAGUAUAUUCUAUGGCCAUACAUUUACCUGCAAUAUCCUGAAUGCACCAACCCUUUGAGCAAGGCCCUGGGUUUAGGGCUAUGCCCUGAUAAUGUGUGGAUGCUUCAUGGAGGCAUAUUGAUGUAAUUUUGUACAUUUUCAAAGUUGUGUAGCUAUUUUGUUUUAUCGCCAUUGAUCUGACAUCUGUUAAUUUCUAACUUGGAUAUAAAGCGUACGUGAUUAAAACAUAACAUUUUCA